AUGGCCACCUGUCUCCGGCGAGCUCUCACAGCGAGGAGUCUUCGGUUGCUCCGGGCCCCUCGCCAGUCCUGCGGCAUCUCCUACCUGACCUACAUCCCACCUCGGAAAGAAGAGAAGAGAACUCCAAUCCCCGCAGGGGGAUCGCAAGGUCUCGAUUGCGUGGGAGGGAGCUUUCUCUUGGGAAGCCCUAGGAGCUUCGCGAAGGGGAGAAAAUCGAGUAAGUUGAAGGAUCACUGUGUUGUUGAACUCUUGACAGAAUCUCACGCAGGAGCUCUUGAUUCGCAUUGGGUUAUCUCGGAUUUGAGCGCUCUAUCUGGAGAACGAGAGUAGUGUCUUCGCUUCAUUGUCUUCUCAAGCAUUUCGAUGAUUAUAGAUUUGCUUCAAUGCAACCUCGGUGUGUGACCUCGGGGUGUCUUGGUAGGUGACUUGGCGUUUGGUGAAAUGCCUGAAAGAGUCGCCGUAGAGCAAAACCUGCAUCUGAUUAGGCUUUGUUUUUCUGGAGAAAGUACUUGCUCAGUCCCAUCAGUUGGCGGCUGAUUUCUUCAAUAUCAUGCUUGUGAUUCAGAUUGCGGUGCCGAGGAAAUAUGGUUCGGGACCUUCUUUUUAAGUAUUUGGUCAGAAUUUUCCUUUCUGAGGUAGCUGGAUUUUAUUUCCUUCAAUGUGUUUUUAAACGCGAUGACAAUCUGCGCCGCUCUAAGAUCACUACUGGAUUUGACUCUGAGUUCUUGGCUAUGGACACUACAAUGAAUUUGUGAUUCCUUGGUCAGAAUCUAUAGACUCGUAUUCUCAACAUCUUAUCCUCGAUUCUCUUUUUCGGGUCUGCAGAAACAGCUCAUUCUGACUGAAUCGACCAAUUCGAAUGGAAAUUUUCUUGAUUCAGAUAAAAAAAAAGCAACCAGCUGAUCCUGUGUCGCCCCCGAACCAGCCCUGAAAUAGUCGAAUCAGAAUGUCUUGUUGGUUGAGUCUGGCUCCAUUCAACGUGUCUGGCCGAUCUAAGAUCAUUGAUUAUACAUUCAGCGCUCUCUAUAUUGACUUUCAGCUCCCCGGCUUCCAUAUCUCUGUAGGGGAUGAAGAUGAUGGAGACGCAGUUCAGGUUGUUCCAGAUGUUGGGCCUACAGUGAAAUCCACAGCUAAUUCACUGAUGGAUUCUGCCAUUGUUGCUCUGUCCCGAGAACUGGCCAAACUAAGAACAGGAAGAGCAUCCUCUGGUAAAUUAUCAUAUCUAUGCUGAAAAAUUCCUUUGCCAACCUCUUAUAAUUUCCUUAUCAAGAAAAUGGUUCCUGCUUAAUAUUUUUUGGCGAAUUGUUCAGGUAUGCUGGACCACAUCAUGGUUGAAUCAAACGGUGCAAAGAUGCCCUUGAGUCGAGUUGCAGUCGUUUCCGUCUUGGACUCCAAGACUCUCUCAGUGACUCCAUAUAACCCUGAUGUAAGCUGCAAGUGACAGUGAAGAAAUUAGGGGGAAUGAUUAUUGAUUAAUCAUCUCUCCAAGAGUCAUUGCAUUUAUUGGAUAAAUUAAAAUAAAAUAAAAUAAAUCAGUCUAAAAGUUAUUUCUUGUGCUUUGUAUUUAUUACAGGCAUUGAAGACGCUGGAAAGUGCCAUUGUAUCAUCCCCACUGGGCCUAAAUCCGACGGUGGAUGGGCAAAGGCUGAUCGUCGCCAUACCACCGUGAGUAUUUCCGUCACCAUCUGUUUCAAAGCCCAAGUUUUCUCCAUGUGGUCAUAAAUCAUAGGUUCUGGCCAUGGUGGAGAAAUAUCUUUGCCUUCUGAACAAAGUUCAUGUUAAUUACUUCCAUAGUUUCAUUUAUUGUGCCCUGAUUAUAGCAAGCUCAUCUGUUUUCUCUCCUACGCACUGCAGAUUAACAAAGGAGAAUGUGCAGGUGAGACCAUUCUCAUCAAACUGCUCCUCUUCCUGUGGUCUAACUUCCAUAUUCCUCCUAUUAAUAAUCACUGAUUUAAUCUGCAGGCUCUAUGCAAGGUGGUCGCUAGAUCCGCUGAAGAUGUUAAGCAAAGUAUACGAAGAGCCCGCCAAAAGGUACCAACAUAAACUACCCUUUGUUAUGAAGCCAUUAAUCAGUCUCUGAACCUUUUAUAUUCCUCAGGCAUUGGAUUCAAUAAAGAAAGCUUCGUCAAGCAUCCCCAAGGACGAUGUAAAGAGACUUGAGAAGGAGGUAUGGCGGGCAAAUCUUCUGGGUCAUCCCCGUUGUGGAUCAUUUGUUGCCCAACUCCGUUGACUUUUUGCAGAUCGAGGAAAUCACCAAGCGGUUCAUCAAGUCGGCGGACGAUCUGUGCAAGGCUAAGGAGAAGGAGAUCACCAAUGGCUGA